GAAACUUGGAAGCAAGCAGGAGAUCCAGACUGUUGUGUCUUCCUGUUUCAUUGCGAGCGGCGAUUGGAAAAAGCUUCUGUCGCCGUCCCUUGGUUUCCACAACCUUCUCUGCAAACCACAUGGUUGGCACGCUCCUGCGGGAAAAGCUCUGACGUACCGGCCAUCUCUCCCGCGUCGCGUAGGAUCGGACGGAAAUUUUUCUGCCUCUGUUAUGCUGCUGCCGCUGCGCUGCACCUCGCUACCUCGCUCAAACCCGGCUUCGUGAACGCUGCUGAAAAGAUCGUGCCGUGCUCACGAGAGCCUCGGCGCCUCUGCAAUCACGCGUUCGGAGGACCAUGGUGGUGGCCUCUUCGUGGAUAAGAUAGCUCUGCCCGUUCUUAGCACCGGGGACCGUCAGGCUUUCGCGGCUGGAAACACCGGCCGUCUUGCAGAGAAGUUGCUCUGGACACGUUCAGAACGAGCAGAAUGGCACCGGAAAAGGUGGAGAGGGCGAAGAAGAAGGCGGCCCCGCCCAUGAACAACUUCGUCUACGACGUGUUCCUGUGGAUCUUCUCCAUCAUCGUGGACUUGUUCUUUCGCGAGGUGCAUCCGCGCUCAGCAUGGAAGAUUCCAAGAAAGGGACCGGUCAUAUUCGUCGCCGCUCCGCAUGCGAACCAGUUCGUGGAUCCCCUCAUCCUUAUGCGCGUCGUACGCACGGAAGCCCAUCGUCGCAUUGCGUUCCUGAUUGCGGAAAAAUCGAUGCGCAGGAAGUUCAUCGGUUUCGGGGCAAGACUUGUGGGCGCCGUUCCCGUGGGAAGAGCGUUGGAUAGCACGAAAUCCGUACCUGGAAGGAUAUACCUGCCGGAUCCUGACAACGACCCGUUGCUGCUUCGCGGCGUUGGGACCAACUUUGAGUCGCCAGACUUUCAGGUCGGGGGGCUCAUAGUGCUUCCAAACGUCAAGAAUACAGCCGCCAAUGCGGAGAUUUUGGAGAUCAAGGGCCCCGAAGAGCUGAGGCUGAAAAGGCCUUUCAAGGGUAGCACAGCGAUUAACCAGCUGACAGGGCGUGAGUUGGUCAUCCCCGAUGGCAAGACAGAAGAGGACAUGAAGGGCGAGUUUAAGGGCACACCAUUUAAGGUAGCACCUAAGGUCGAUCAGACCAAAGUGUAUGACGCUGUGUUCGAGAACUUAAGCAACGGAGGCUGCAUUGGAAUCUUCCCCGAAGGUGGUAGUCAUGACAGAACAGAACUACUGCCACUGAAAGCGGGCGUUGCUAUCAUGGCUCUCGGGGCUUUGGCUGCGAAUCCUGACUGCGGUUUGCAAAUCAUACCCUGUGGCAUGAACUAUUUCCACGCGCACAAAUUCCGAUCACGAGCGGUCGUCGAGUUCGGUACGCCGGUCGAGGUCAGCCCCGAGCUCAUCGAGAUGUACAAGAAUGGAGACCGACGAGAAGCGGUUGGAAGGCUGCUUGAGGAUGUGUACAACGCUCUCGUGGCCGUCACCGUUACCGCGCCGGAUUACGACACGCUUAUGCUCAUUCAAGCCGUGCGCCGACUCUACAAUCCGAAGGGCAAAAAACUACCCUUGCCAAUGGUCGUUGAACUCAACCGCAGACUUGUCAAAGGUUACGAACGAUACAAGGACGAUCCGCGAAUCAUUCGUCUCAAGAAAUCUGUGAUGGAGUACAACAAGGAACUCCUUUCCCUCAAUAUUCGUGACCAUCAAGUUGAAUAUGCCAGAUUACCUAUCAUCAAGGUGAUAUUCACACUUCUUUACCGGCUGUUAAAGUUAUCAUUCCUUUCGAUUGGCGUGCUUCCCGGCCUGGUUCUGUUCGCUCCAGUCUUCAUCGCCGGUAAAGUAAUAUCUAUCAAGAAGUCCAAGGAGGCUCUUGCGGCGUCAACCGUGAAGAUCCAGGCGAGGGAUGUUAUGGCUACUUGGAAACUUCUUGUUUCCAUGGCUCUGGCACCUGCUUUGUACAACUUCUACAACAUCUUGUUGGCCGUGUGGUGCUACGAGAACAGGAUACAAGGGUACGUCCCUGAAUGGGUGCCCAUCUGGGCGAUAUUUGUCCUAGGAUGGAUCAUCUUCCCCGCUAUCACGUAUGCGGCACUACGGUUUGGCGAAAUAGGAAUGGACAUUGUCAAGUCUCUUCGGCCGUUGUUUGUGGCUCUUAGCCCUGCGCAUGGCUCGCUCUUGGUCAAACUGCGAGAAAAGCGAAGCGCUUUGACUGCCGAGGUCACUGAUGUUAUAAACACUCUGGGACCAGAAAUGUUCCCUGACUUCCACCAUACGCGCAUCAUCGCCGAUCCAUUCGAAGAGGGUGCUUUCAAUGCAAGCUCGUCGAAAGGCUCGCAUGCUGAAGUUGGAGCCCCCAACGGCGCCGUCAACGAACCCGCGACUCCGACUUCGCCAACGAGUGGGAACAUCAUGUUCGAAUCAGCCACACCGGAUGGGGAAAGAAUACAUCAUGAUCGUCACCAUCUCCAUUCGAUUCCCAAGAACGAAUCCUUCCGCAAUUUGUCCAACAUUGGUCUGUUCGCUUCGAGGCCCGGCACACCCUAUCAUACCCGUUCGCGUAGCAGGACCAACUCGACUGGUUUCCCGGUACAGGGCUUCUCGAACUUAGACUCUCAUGAGGGUUUCGAGGAGUUGAGUAAGAAGAUCCGCGGAUCAAUGCGGGAGCGAAGUCAAAGGAGGAGAAGCGAGACUGAAUUAAAGCUUGCUAAGGAGGCUGGAUUGGACGGCUAUGGAAGUGGUACAAGCACUCCCGGGAGCGCAGGAGAUGAUGGCGAGGGCUUGAGAAUGACAAGGAAUGGCGAUGUGAAGAAGGAACAAUGAUACCACUGAAAUGCCCUUUAGGAUCAUGUCAUUUGCAAUUGGCUUCAUUUUUUUUUAACUCUUAUGUUCGCAAAUAGUUUCAAAUUGAGAUAUGAGUGAAACAUUGUGCAAA